AUGAUAACAUAAAAAAAUUGUCACAACUUGAAAGAGACAAAGAAUAGUGAUCACAUCUCGAAUGUGAAUACUGACGAAAACAAAUUGCUUACUUUGAACAGCCAUGGUUCUGAAAAAUAGGGCAAUUAUACAUAUAUCCUGAAUGGAGAAAAAUUCAAAACUUAUCCACUAAGUAUUGUUCAUUUAACUAAAAAACUAGAUGAAUUUUCUGCCACAUCUAGUUUACAGUAUAAUAAAAAAUAGGAGGAUAUUCAAUUGCAUUAAAGCUUUAGAAUUGACUCGAAUCUAUAAAAUGAUCCAUUAUUACAAAUAUCUACUAAAUAUCAAGACUUAGAGAGUUUCUCUAAAACUAAUAAAUUCUAUUAAAAUAUCAAGAAAUUAGAACCCUUGAUGAAAACAUUUAAAAAAUCAAGAAAUCAUUCCUUUAACCUCUCACAAUCAUUAAGCAAUUUCAAAAUCACAGGCUAAUCACCUUUGUAUUAUAAAUCAGAUAAUAUUGAGAGCAUUAAUUAGAAAUGUGAUAAUAGAGAAACCAAAAUUAACUCGUAUGAAUAGCAUGUGAAUUCACUUAAAAUGAUAUCGAACCUGCGCAAGUAACAGAAUUUAUCUUUUGAAGCGAUUCAUCAUAGCAAAGUUCAAAAAUGUGAACUACCAACAGUAGGCUAAACUAACUGCAAAAAGCUCAAACUAAAGAACAGAAUGAUAAAAUUCAACAGCUUAUUAAAUUCUUCAUUAGAAAGAACAGUAUAGCUACCAUAAAUAAAGAUUAUAAGUUAAUAAAUUCACCUGAAGAAGAAGACUAAAAGUAGUCAGAAUAUCAAGAACUAUAAUUCUACAGCAUCUAAUUCAUUAGAGGAUAUUAAUAGCAACUGCUAAGAAUUUGACAAGAAUUUUACAUUUAAUCUAUGCAAUUAAUAAGAACUGUUGAAAGAAACUGAUAAAUUCUGUGAAGACAACAUAUUUGAAGGAAUUGCCUUCAAAGAUUUAUUAUCUCACUCAGAAGUGCACUCUAUUAGUCUCUCUCCUGAUAACCGUGCUUAGUUUUAUCCUAAAAUAAGUGCUAUUAUCACAAAAAAGAAGGAAAAUAAAGUAAUGAGAAAAAAGUGA